ACAGCAUUCAUUGCCAGAAACUGAUAAGAAAUAUAGCAAUACUCACUUCAGCUCCAGCUGUUCUAAUUUGGCAAGAAUCAGCUCUAUGCCUAGGCAGCACUGUUGUCCCUCGGCUAGAUCCGAACUGCAAAUCGCGAUCGUCAAAAGCACCGUUAAAGAAAGCCAAAGGCAAGAUUUAGUCAUGAUGGCAGAAAGAAUUUCGAUCGGGUUCUUAGGCUGAACUGAUGUCAGUGAACAAUCAGAACUCGAAAAUUUCUGUGUGACGUGGAUUGGAUUGGAAAUGUUGGAAGCCAGCUGUAUUUCGGAUCUUUUUCUAAAAGAGAAAGAAUUUUGGUUUUGGCGAUUGUAUUUGCGUUAAUUGAUAGUAUUGCAUCGAUACCAGCAUUUUGUAAAGCAAUAAUAAGAAUAAAGGCCUGUUUAAUAAAUUGAAAUGAAAAAUUCACAUAGAAUAAGUUCUACGCGUAUUUUAAUAUUACGUGAUCGACGAACAACUCCAUAGGCAAUGCAAAAGAGGAUGUUCAUUCAUAACCAUUGUGAAUCCCCUCAUUAUCAUUCGUUCUUAUCAUUACCCGAGACCAGCCAGUAGUGCAGUGAAAGCGUUGUAAGUCCGCGAAAUAACACGCGUGACAAUUUCAAACUGCAACCAUGGUAACCGGGAGCCUAGUAAGCUGUGUGGCAAUUGUAUUGGCGGUUCUAGCCUGCCUCCUGAUAGACCGAUCGAAACAGGAAGAUCCGGCUAAUGCGAAUUUUGGUUUUGGUUUGGAAUUGAUUCUUACCAAAUUGGAAGAAAUGAAUCUCAGAAUUAUGAACCUAGAACAGCAGAAUCGAGAACUCACCGAAAUGCUGAACAAAACCGUAAGUUGUUCCAAGCCGACAGUUCCUCAGCCAACAAUAGCUAGUGUUAAAUCUAACCAAACCAGUAGCGGGGUCGAAAUAGUGGCUCCUCAAGCGUUUGACGAAGCGGAUGUAUACCGGUCUUGUUCUGAAAUUCCUCUCGGAAAAGCAGGGAAGUAUUUACUCCGUCCUGUUGAAGAUUCCGAACCUUUCUAUGGUUUGUGUGAUAAUACCUACGGAAAUGGUUGGAUGGUAGUACAAAAUCGAUUUAACGGUUCGGAAAACUUCUACCGAAACUGGACAGAUUACAAAAACGGAUUUGGCAGUUGGGAAGGCGAGUUUUGGUAUGGCUUAGAUCGGAUUCAUCUGUUUACCAGCAAUCGAAAGCAUGAGAUAAUGUUUGAAUUGAUGAGUUCUGGCGGAACAGUGGCCGCUCCCCGCUAUAACCAUUUCGAUAUUGGCAAUGAAACGGAAGAUUAUAAAAUAAAGGACCUGGGUUCGUUUUCUGGCAGUGGCGGUGAUUCAUUUUCAUACCAUAAGGGAAUGAAAUUUUCAACACAUGAUCGUGAUAAUGAUCAAUAUAAUAUGAAUUGUGCGAAAAAUUAUUACGGUGCAUGGUGGUAUAAGAGUUGUUAUCAUAGCAAUCUUAAUGGCAAGUACAUUAGCGGCCAAGUUGAUCACAAGUCCAUGUGUUGGAAUUCAUUCCCCAAAUCGAACGAGGGCUUGCAGCGUUCCAAGAUAAUGAUACGCGAAGUUUGAGGCACAGGAUGGUAGAUGACGUUACAAAAUCCACUACUUUUUCUGAAUUCCUACUUAAUCACUUGUGGCGGUUUUGUUCAAAUAAAUUAUGUAUAAAUUUGAAGUUAACUUAUCAAGAUCAUAAUUCUUCAGCUGCAAAAUUGAUGUCACUUUUUUUAAUCAAUAAUAGUA